AUGGAUACAGUGCACGAAGAAAAUGACGACAGCGAUGAAUCAUCAUAUUCCGACUUGGGAAGACUUCGCGAACGCACAAGAGCUAUGCUUGGUUCUGCUGCAGAACCACUCGUGCAGAAUUCACAUUCUCAACCGAACAGCAGACGUGUGUCUAAUGAUAUAGACGCAAAAUUGGCAGCCAACCUAAACACCAGGCGUCCAUCGGCUAUAAUUGCUGCAUUCAGUCGUCCAUCUCAAGCUUUGGCCCUGUGUGCAGCAACACAACGCCGAUUUUUAUCGGAACUUGGGUCACAUUCACUUACUUCUGUUGCAUCUACAAACCACGAAUCACCGCGUUCUGCCGCUGAGAUUUUAGGGCAUGAAGCUCUGAGUAAAGCGCUUUCAGCGCUGUACGCCAAACUGUUAGUAGUGCUUGGAAUUGCGUUCCCUGUUACAGAAGUUAUUGCACAUGGGGUACCAGAUGGAUACUAUCAGGGAUUCUACUUAUAUCUGUACUUAGUAUCAUUGCUGUUUGUGAUCUUUCAUUAUGUUAAUUUGAUGCGCCAGAAAGCUGUAAAUUUGAUCAUUAACGGUGUUACAAAUACAAACAAAGAAGAUAGGACUGGUAAAACUACACCUUGUGAAAGAAAUAAAGAAAAGGAAAAGGAAUCGAUAUCCCGAUAUGGUAGUUUCUAUCUGAGAUUAGGAGCUAUCGCUUUUGGUAUUGGUUCGAUGGUGUACAGUGGAUUAGAAUUUGGAGAAUACUUCGAAAUGACAGAUCGUUGUCGAUCCAUUCUAUCAGCUCUAACGCCUGCAUUACGAACGGCAUUAACACUGGCUCAAAUGCAGUUCAUUUUCCUAACAAACAAAGACAUCGAAGCGGGCAGCUAUAAAAUGGUACAGAGAUUUGGAUUUAUGCAUAUGAUUGCGACUAAUCUUUGCGAGUGGCUGUACGUUCUUGUAGAGGAAACAAAGCACGAAAUACAUCACUUGGAACAUACAAUGCUAUCGAAAACUAAUGGAUCUCAUAAUGAAGCGUCAGGGUUGCCAUGUCGCAGGGAAAACAUUAUGGGUACUUUAUUACGUAAUGCAUCUCCGUUUCUUUUUCCAUGUACGAUAGAAUAUUCUCUAAUAUGUGCAGUUAUUUUAUAUGAGAUGUGGAAAGAGGUAAAGUGUACACCUCGAGACUUUGAAAGAAAGUUCAACGUUAGCAAAAACAAAUCAAGGAAUAAUUCAGUUACUCCAGAAAAAAUCUUACAGCAGUUCGCCGGUAUGUUAGGAGUAACCUCACCUCACGGAAGUCACAAUGCGCUUCAUCAUUUCUCCGUGGACUGUUCUCAUGCUCAUCGUGGUCUUUUUGCUGGAAUUCUCUUGAUUGUUUUCACAAUAAUAUCCUUAAUCAUGUUCUUCGUACUAGCAAAUAAUUCAAAAACAAUUAAUGAUGCUAUAUUCGAAGUGAAUAUUUGUGAAUUGAUCCUUUAUACGUUGACUAUUCUUGCAUCUACAGCAGCUUUGAAACAAAUGAGAGCGUUACCAUACAAACGAAAAUCCCAAGCUGUUUUGGGGCUUGAUACUUCUCUGUUGAUCCUGGCACAGACAGGAAUGUUUGUUUACUGCAUGUUCAGUUUGAUUGGAAGUCAUCACACCAUGUAUAGCAACCAUAGUACUGGAAUCACUGGAUUCUUCUCCGAAUUUUUAUCGUUAAAUCAGACGAUAUUGCAAUCAUUGUUCAUAAUCGACGCGUGGUGGCGACGCUGUUCCACAUCAAAACAACGUAGAGUAAAACCAGGUCGUCAGCUGGUAACAUUCCUACUUGUCGCUAACAUGGCCAUGUGGGCGAUAAACACUCUUGAAAAGAAUCGCGCAGAAUUCCGACCUGCUCAUUUGGCUUUCUACGGUCCUUGGGCAUGGACAAUCAUAACGCACGUAUCAAUGCCGUUGGCUAUCUUCUACAGAUUUCACUCAACUAUAUGCCUCUUUGAAAUUUGGAAAAACAGCUUUAAAAAUAAUCCAAUUUACCUAAACGUUUGA